UCAGUUACAUUAUUAUAUAUAUACUCAGCAAGUCUAGCUUCAAUAUGGUCGACAACCUGUGUGAAGACGUGGUGAAUAAUAUGGAAAACCUGAAUAUGAAGGAAGACAAGGCAUGAAUACUGAUUCUUUUUAAUAAAUAUUUUCAUUUUCAUUUUUAGCGGUAAAAUAUGUUGGCGACUUUGCGUAUUUGCAGUUAUAGAAACACUUACAAUGUUUCCAAGCGGACACAUGCUUGGAAAAUGAAACCAAAGAAAAAAGCUGCUGCCAUCGAAGAAAGGAAUGUUUCUGAAUUAAAUCCUUGGCCAAGUUAUAUUCAGGAUCGUAUUGCAUUAUGGGAUAAGCUUAAAGCAGAGUAUGAAACAUCAUUAGCUUUGAAAACGGUUACUGACAUAAAAGUAACACUACCUGAUGGAAAGGAAGUUAUAGCUCAAUCUUGGCGUACAACGCCAUACGAGAUUGCCAAAAACAUUAGUCAAGGUUUAGCGGACAGUACUGUUAUUGCAAAAGUUAAUAAUGAACUGUGGGACCUUGACAGACCCUUGGAAUCUGAUUGCAAACUUGAACUCCUUAAAUUUGAUCAUCCAGAUGGCCAACAAGUGUUUUGGCACUCUAGUGCACACAUUUUAGGAGAAGCUAUGGAGAGAGUAUAUGGUGGUUGUUUAUGUUAUGGUCCACCAAUAGAAAAUGGAUUUUAUUAUGAUAUGUACGUAGGUGAAACAGGAAUUUCCAAUUUAGACUUCCCAUUCUUAGAGACUCUUUAUAAAAAGAUAGCUAAAGAUAAACAACCAUUCGAGAGAUUAGAAAUGACUAAGGAAGACCUCUUGGAGAUGUUUAAAUACAACGAAUUUAAAGUUCGGAUUAUUAAUGAAAAAAUACAUACUCCAACUACCACAGUAUAUAGAUGUGGUCCAUUAAUUGAUUUAUGCAGAGGACCACAUGUUAGACAUACUGGAAAAGUUAAGGCCAUUAAAAUCACAAAAGGUUCAUCUACUUAUUGGGAAGGAAAUGUCAAUGCAGAAUCUUUACAGAGAAUUUAUGGCAUCAGUUUUCCAGAUACCAAACAAUUGAAAGAAUGGGAAAAGUUUCAGGAAGAAGCAGCAAAACGAGAUCACAGGAAAAUAGGAAAGGAACAAGAGUUAUUCUUUUUCCAUGAACUUUCUCCAGGAUCAUGUUUCUUUCAACCACGCGGAGCCCAUAUUUAUAAUACUUUAGUUGAAUUUAUUCGUUCUGAAUAUAGAAAACGGGGUUUCCAAGAAGUAGUUACACCUAAUAUUUAUAACAGUAAAUUAUGGCAAACGUCUGGUCACUGGCAGCAUUACGCGGAAAAUAUGUUUUCCUUUGAUGUUGAAAAGGAAACUUUUGCACUUAAACCAAUGAAUUGUCCUGGUCAUUGUAUGAUCUUCGACGUUCGUAUCAGAUCCUGGCGCGAAUUGCCAUUAAGGAUGGCAGAUUUCGGAGUAUUGCACAGAAAUGAGAUAUCUGGUGCAUUAACUGGACUAACUAGAGUCAGGCGCUUUCAACAAGAUGACGCGCAUAUAUUCUGUUCAGUUGAUCAAAUUAAAGAUGAAAUGAUUGGCGCGCUUGACUUUUUGAGACACGUGUAUUCCGUGUUCGGUUUCACAUUUAAUUUAUGUUUAUCCACGAGACCCGAAAAGUACAUGGGAGAUAUAGAAAUGUGGGAUCAAGCUGAAAAAGCAUUAGCAGAGAGUUUAGAUGCAUUUGGAGAACCAUGGAAACUUAAUCCAGAGGAUGGUGCAUUUUAUGGUCCAAAAAUUGACAUAACCAUUAUGGAUGCACUUAAGAGACAUCAUCAGUGUGCUACUAUUCAACUGGACUUCCAACUACCAAUUAGAUUUAAUUUGUCUUAUAUCAACGAAUCUGGGGAAAGGACAAGGCCAGUAAUUAUUCACAGAGCCAUUUUGGGUUCUGUAGAAAGAAUGAUUGCAAUUCUAACAGAAUCAUACGCUGGAAAAUGGCCGUUUUGGUUGUCCCCGCGACAAGUAAUGGUUAUUCCAGUAAGCUCUCAAUUUGAUGAGUAUGCGGAGCAAGUAAAAGAUAAACUUUGGAAUAGUGGAAUUAUGGUAGAGAUUGAUACAGAUUCAAGUGAUACUCUGAACAAAAAAAUUCGAAAUGCUCAACUCGCACAGUUUAACUUUAUUCUCGUUGUUGGAGAAAAAGAACUUAAUGCUGGCACGGUAAAUGUACGAACUAGGGACAAUGUGGUGCAUGGGGAAAUUCUUGUAGAUGACCUAAUUGCAAAAUUCAAAGUAUUCAAAGAGAAAAAGGAUAGAAACUGCGAAGAGAAGUUUUAAAUAAGCUUUAUAUACAGACAGAAUAUUUAUUUAUUUCCAGAUUAUAAUUCUGACAGAAUCAGGUGUAAUAUAGGUCGACAGGAUCUAAAAUCACAUUUUUUAAAUAUAUUGAAUAAUGCAUAGAAACUUAUUAUAAAAAGAGUCUUGUUA